UUUUGAAUAUGCUAUAUAAAUAGUUGCUAUUGACAACGUAAUACGCAUAAUCAUCAAAUAAAAACAUAACCUCCAACAUUCAAGGUGUCAUUUUUGACAUUUAUAAAUUAAACAUUUAUUAUCAUUGUCACGAUUGUCACUAAAAAAUUAUUUUAGAAAAAUUUAGUCAGUGAUUAUUAUUAUUAUUAAAAGAAAUAGAUUAUACUAUUCAAGUUUUUACAUAAAACGAUUUUGUUAAUUGUUAUCACAUUUUCCUUUCAUUUUUUUUGGUAUGUGAUGUCAUUUGUAUAUUGAUAUCAUUUUUCAUUUCCUCACAAGUAAAAGUAUGAAUCAAUGUCUCUUCAGUUAAUUUGUAGACUCUGCACGGUGCGUAUGUUUCAGAGAUGCAAUUAUAAAAAAUAGAAGAAUAAUUAUAAAUAAACAUGGCUAGUGGAUGGAGAGUUUUUAUAUUGCUCUUGUGGAAAAAUUUUAUUGUUCGAAGACGACAUUGGUUAGUUAGUUCAUUAAUUCAAAUUGGAAUUCCUUUACUUAUAUUUGGAUUGACUCAAAUCUCCCGAGACAAUAUUUCAAAAUAUACUAUCAAUAAUAAUAACCCAGGAGGAAACAUCCCCGAUGCCAAGGACAAAUAUUAUCCAAUAUUGUCAAAAGAAGACAUGAUUUAUACAAUGAAAUACAGACAUACUUAUUUAUAUUAUGCACCAAUAAAUAAUUUAACUGUAAAUUUGAUGAACCUUACUGCCAAAUGUUUAACGUAUCCUACUGAAAAAAUACAUGGAUUUACUUCUGAAAAUGAGCUGUUGAAAAAAUAUUUUUCAUUGGUGGAUGAUGGUACUUUUUCAAACGUUGAGGCUAUUAUUUUCAAAAAUUCGGAUAUUAAUAGUAAAUUAUUGUCCUAUACUAUUAGACCAGAAUAUAUUUAUUCAUGGUAUGAUGAUAAUUUUCUUACAUAUCAAACUUUCAUACCAGAACAAAUGUGUCUUGAUCAAUCGUUCCUACAAAUUAAAAUGAAUAAUCCAUUAUUGGAAACCAAUAUUUCUAUGCAACAAAUGCCUUCACCAGCACACCAAGAAGAAAAACCUGACAUUGAUUUUUAUAUGAAAUUUAUGUACGCGAUGGUUGCAGUUGUUGCAUUUUCAAUUCAGCUUAAUGUGGAAACAACUUACCCUGCACAAGAAAAAAUGUUGGGAGUAAAUGUUUUAAUGGCAAUGAAUGGAGUAAAAAAUUAUCAAAAUUUAUUAAGUUGGCUAAUUAGUGGAUUAUUAUUUAGCAUACUUUAUAUUAUUCCACGUCUUAUAUUACUCAGUAUAUGCUUUGUAUCAUGUCAACCAUUUUUGCAUUAUGGAAAUGUUAUUUUAGUGGCGAUAAUGCAUUUUCUUAAUAUACUUCAUAUUUUGUCCUUUGGUUAUCACGUUUCUUCGUAUUUUUCAAAAUCUAUCCUUAGAGCAUUGGCGAAAAAUUUUUUUUAUUUCGGAACAUUUGGACUUCAAACAUAUUUUAUUUUUCAAAACAAAUUCACUGCAAUACCAUAUAUGGGAAUAUUGUUUCCUAAUAUGAUUCUAUUUCGAACUUACGAGGAAAUUGAUAUUUACGAGAAAAAAUUGGAAGGAGUAAAUUGGAAUAAUAUGUUUGUGGUUGGAGAUAUUAAUUAUUCUGCUGCUGGAAGUUUAGGAGUCAUGUUAAUAUUUUCAAUUCUUGGUACAAUAAUUCACUUUUUCCUUGCUUUAUAUGUUUCUGCAAUUUUCCCAGGAAAAUAUGGAGUUGCCAAACAUCCAUUUUACUUUUUGAAGUUUUUAACGCUAAAGAAAAAUUCUUCUCGGGGAAAAAUUUGUGAUGUCAAUUAUAAUAGUGAAAAUAUACUUUUCGAACCGGUUUCAAAAGAUGUUUAUGUUCCUGGUAUUAAAAUUCGUGAUUUAAAGAAAACAUAUAUUACCAGUUGGAUUAAUCAUGCGAAAAAACAAGCUUUAGAUGGAAUUUCUAUAGAUUUGUAUGAGGGUGAAAUAACAGCUUUACUUGGUCAUAAUGGAGCUGGAAAAACAACAAUGAUGUCAAUUUUAACAGGUUUAUUGAGUCCAACAGAAGGAACAGUUCUUAUAAAGGGAAAAAAUAUUGCCAAUGAAAUGGAUAAAAUUGUUACUGAUUUGGGACUUUGUCCACAGGAAGAUAUUCUUUUUCCCGAUUUGAAUGUCUUUGAACAAUUAGAAUUCUUCUGUAUGUUGAAAAGUAAAAACAAAUCAAGGGCUAAUAUAAAAAAUGAAGUUGAUAGCCUAAUGAAGAGUUUGAAGAUUUUUGAAAAAAGAAAUGAAUUACCUCCUAAACUUUCUGGUGGUCAAAAGAGAAGAGUUUGCCUUGGAAUGUCAAUAAUAGGUGAUGCUUCGACAUUAAUUUUAGACGAACCCACAUCUGGAAUGGAUCCAGAAUCAAGAAGAGAAGUCUGGGAUAUCUUGUUGAAAAUGAGAGGAGAGAAAACGAUUUUGAUAAGUACACAUAAUAUGGAAGAGGCAGAUAUUCUUAGCGAUAGAACUGCUAUUAUUGAAUUAGGAAAAUUAAAAAGCUACGGCACACCUUUGUUCCUGAAAAAAUAUUACGGCGAAGGUAACAUGGAAGUAACGUUGUCUACAGAAGAGGAAUACGACAUUGACGAAAUUAAAAAUCAACUACCGGAGGAAAGUCGAUUAAUAAAUACUGAUGCUGGAAAAAUGGUUUUCAGUGUUCCUUUCACUAAUCGAUUGCCCGAUGUUUUGGACAGAAUUGAACAAGAAAAAGAAAAUUUAGGAAUUAAUGGAAUUAGUGUUUCGCUAAUAACUUUGGAACAAGUUUUCCUUCGGGCAACAAAAGAGGAUAAUGAAAAUUUGGAAGAUGAAAAUUUUUCUAUAGAAAAAAUUGACAACGUUGAAGGAUUUCAACGUUUCUGGCAAUCAUUCAUUGCGCUUAUUUUGAAAAAAUUUUUAUUCAUGAGAAAAAACAUAUUUACACAUUUAUUCAUGAUUAUCAUUCCUAUAAUUAGUAUUUUUACACUUCAAUCGACAUUCAAUAGCUUUGAAGAUUUGGAGAAAGUUUCCUUUCGACUCGAUAGCUACAAUAAUCCUCAAGCUUUCUAUUCUUCGAAUGAUGAUGGUUAUGGACAAAAAUAUAAAGAGAUAGUUGAAAAUUUAUAUGGAAAAACUACACAAAUCCAUGGCAAUAUCACUGAAGCUAUUAUGAAGUUUGGUAAAGAAAAUUAUAACGAAUAUCGAAAUAAUUUAAUUGUUGCCGCACAGUUUAACAUUGAUAAUAAUUCUUUAAUUAAAAAUGCGAAUGCUUUAUAUUCAAAAUUUCACAAUAAGAAUGUGCCGAUAGCAAUGAAUUUGAUUUCUAACACGAUUCUCAAAAAAUUGCUUGGCAAUGAAUAUCAAAUUGAUGUGUCAAGACAAAAACUUCCUUUAAAAUAUAAUUAUAAAUUUAAUCAAACGGAUAUUGUUCUUAAUUAUGUGAGAGCAUUUUUGUUACUUUUUUGUCUAUGUUCAACUUUUGCUCUCUAUGUAAUUCAACCAUUAAAAGAAGCAAUUACUGGAUUAAAAGAACUUCAAAGAAUGACAGGAGUUACGUCCUAUUUAUAUUGGGGAAGUUUUUUCUUAUUUGAUAUUCUUUUCUUUUUAUUCACAAUUAUUAUUUAUUUAAUUGGACUUUAUAUAAUGGAUGUCAAUGAUAAUCUACAAUUAUUUCAUGGAACUGAAUUAAGUAUAAUGUUUCUCUUAUUGAUAUUAUUUGCAUUUAAUAUGCUGCCGUUUGUUUAUAUAUUCAGUUUUUGGAAGAAAAAAACUAACAUUAUCAUAACUAUCUUAACAAUUUUACCUCCAUUAAUCGUUGCAUUAGAAGCAAUUAUUUUUGUAAUUAUGUUAUCAACUUCUGGUGACUUGAAGAAAGCUAUGGAUCAACGAGUAACUGAAAAAAAGUUUUUUAUGUUGAUACCGUCUGUAAGCUUCUUUUAUGGACAACAUUCUUUCUUUGAAACUGCAAAAAAAAAUGCUGACUGUCGAAAAAUACCAAAAUACUAUUUAGAUAUUGUUUGCCGAUCUUCUAAAAAACACGAUUGUUGUGCUCUCAAUUGUUCGGAUGGAGUUUGUGAAAAAUAUUUUCCGUAUUUUAAUAAUUUCGAAAAAUAUGAUAGUUUAGAAGAAAGUAUAUUAUACUUGUGUCUCACUUCAUUUCUUUAUUUCGCCAUUGUUGUCAUAUUGGAACAUAAAUUAAUUCAAAAAUUAUUUAUGAUGCUUAAAAAAAAGGUGCAAGGCAAUGUUAAUGAUAAAUUAGACGAUCAAGUAAAAGCAGAGGAGAUUUAUGUUGCUAAUGAAAUUAAAAAAUUAAAUAAGCAAGGCGAAACCUUGCAAACGCAAAGAAAUAAUUUCUUUUUGAAUGGUAAUGGAGAAAAUCAUUCAAUUUAUUUGGCAUACGAAUUAAGUAAAUCUUAUGGAAAUCUUGCUGCAGUGAAGAAAAUUAGUUUCAGUGUAAAGAAAAGGGAAUGUUUUGGAUUGUUAGGCGUUAAUGGUGCUGGAAAAAGUACAACAUUUCGAUUGCUUACUGGUGAAGAAUUUCCCAACAGUGGUAUUAUGUAUUUAAAUGGAAAAGACAUUUCAAAAAAUAGGCGAGAGUAUUUAUCUCAAAUGGGAUACUGUCCACAAAAUUCUGCUCUCCUUAAUUCAUUGAAUUCUGAAGAUCAUUUAAAAUUAUUUGCAUUACUCCGAGGUGUACCAAGAAGUCUUGUAUCAAUUGAAGUUGCAAAUUGGAUAAAAAGAUUGAAAUUAAAUCGUUGUUCGAAACAACCAAGUGGAACGUACAGCGGUGGAAAUAAACGUCGAUUAAGUAUCGCAAUUGCUUUAAUUGGUAAUCCUAAUCUUGUUUUAAUGGAUGAACCUACAACUGGAGUUGAUCCAGCAGCACGAAGAUAUAUGUGGCACGUGAUUAAAUCCUGUCAAUUAGGAGGACAAUCAAUUAUUCUCACUUCUCACAGCAUGGAAGAAUGUGAAGUUCUUUGCAAUCGAUUGGUAAUAAUGGUAAACGGUCAAUUUGUUUGUAUUGGUCCAAGUGAACAAUUAAAACAAAAAUUCGGUGCUGGUUUUGAUAUAAAUAUAAAAUUAAAUCCAGAAAGAACUGAUGAAGAUGUGCAAAAUAUCAAAAAGGAGAUUGAAAAUUUAUUAGAGUGUGAACAUCGCGAUGAACAUGUUGGUUAUAUAACUUAUCAUAUUACCAAUUCAAGAACAAAAUGGAAAACCAUGUACAGUGUAAUGCAACAAUUAAAAGAAAAGUACAAUUGUAUUGAAGAUUAUUCAAUACUCUCAGCAACAUUAGAGCAAUUAUUUUUACAAUUUGCUAGAGCUGACAAAAAACCAUUAACUGUUCAAGUUUAAAAGUGCUUUAGAUUUUCUUUAUUAAAAAAAUAAAGAAAUUAACAAUUUUUUU